UUUUCGUCGUCGAAAGCAACAUUUAUGUAUUUAAUGUCAUCCAGUUUGUAGACAAACGUGGUAUUUAGAACAUUUGGUCGAGGUUGUUUUAAUAGUAUUUCCUCGCUGAGUGAUAAAAUGAGUAAAAUUUGGAUAUUAUUGUACGUCUCGACUUUGAGGUUUAAUGGAGCAUUUUCGGGACAAUGUUCGACGAGAAAUAUUGAUAUAGCCAAUGGCGACUACAGUAUUCGCGCGGGAAACUCAGUGGUCGAGUUUACGUGUAAUUCCGGAUUCAUUUUGUACGGGGAGUCGCUCAUUGUUUGUUUUGGGUACUCUUGGAGCGCCGAUCCGCCUAUCUGUAUUGCACCCACGUGUGAGCAAAUCAAUCCGACGUCCGUACUCCGAGUGACGUCGUCGCUUGGUGGAUCUGUGUUGACGUUUGGAUGCGCCGUCGACCAUCGCCUUGUCGGAGCUGGGUCAGUCAUCUGCGACGGAACGAACUGGAGUGCAGAACAGCCUACUUGUGAACCAUGGACCCCGCCGACACAAUGCGACUUCGAGCAGGGACCAGAUCCGUGUGGGUGGGGCCAAGGGACGGGGGAUGAUCAAGACUGGGUCCUUAACACCGGAAGUACCCCUACCUCCCGGACAGGACCUGACCAUGAUCACACACUCGGUCAAGACGGGAAAGGUUACUACAUGUAUUUCGAGACGUCAUCGCCGACCCGCGAAAGUCAUGCGGCAGUGCUUGAAUCGCCCAUCUAUUCUGUGGAUAUGAGCAACCUUUGCUUUUCUUUCUGGUACCACAUUCUUGGAGAGAAAGAAAUUGGGACACUGGAAGUUAUUAUCAAGCCCGACGACCAUGACGGAUUGACAGGUCUGGAGCCAGCGUUUUCUGUCAGCCAAAAUUUGGGAACGGAGUGGCAGGAUCAUACCAUAGAAAUACCCGAACAGAAAGGGCCAUUCCAGAUCGUGUUCCGUGCUACCAGAUCCAAGAGUUACCGUAGUGACUUUGCAGUUGAUGACGUGUCCCUUGAAACAUGCCCAGGUUCGGCAACGACGACAACGACGACAACAAAGAAACGCACUACAGCAACAAAACUGCCAACCACGACGCCUACAACCACCACCAUCGCCCCCACAACCACAACCGCCGCAACCACUACGUCUACAUCAACAACAACACCCACCACGAUAUCUCCAACGCAAUCAACAACAAUUAAAAUAACUAAACAAACAGUUCCCAAAACAUCACCUACGGAUAUCACCAAAGAAGUUGCAACUACAGCAAACACCAGAAUAGAAACUAAUAAGCCGAACGAACCAACACAGCAAAUGAACAAAACUUCUACAAGCAAAGGUAACAUAAAAGAAAACAAUUCAAAAAGCUCAUUGUCAGCAAAGGAAGACCGUAAUCCCCCUCAGGCCCCAGGAAAGGGAUUGGCCCCAGUAGCUAUCGUGUUCGUGGCUUUGUCCUGCUUGCUAGUGAUCGGGGGCGUUGCUGUAGGGGUCGGAAUUUGGUUUCACCGGCGGCGGGUGAACCGCUCUCUGGACUACCGCGCCUCCCUUCCAGCAACCAAUCCUUUGUACGACAUUGACCAACAGGAGCGGCUGGAGGCCGGGGAAGGUGAAGGCGAAGAUGAAUGAAAGUCUGAUGUUAUACACUAAAAUACUAAAAAACACACACAAUGUAUGUACUUCGAAUAUCACUUAUGAUAAACGAAACAUAAUCAGUAAAUUGCUUGUGAAUUAAAUUGUAUGGAUUGCCAUGCUUCUAAAUUCACAGGGAAUUGUAACAGGCAUAACAUUGUUUCGUUUAUCAAAAAACAUCGAAGUACAAGUAUAGCGUUUUUAAGUAUCUCAGUGCAGUUUUAUAUGUCUUGUAUCUGUUUCAAAUUUUAAUGUUCAUUUUUUUUUCUUUUUUCGUAAAAUUGUUUAAAUGUAGUCUGCAUGCAGUUGUUAUAACCUAUAAGUAUUUCAAUUAAAUCACAUUGAUUUUUAUUUCAGGUUCUGCUCAUAAAUUUUGCUCUCUCAUAAACCAUGCCAUAUCGAAUAAAUUCUUACAUAGGUGUGAA